CAUUACCUACUUCGCACCAACAUAAAUUAAGGUGUUUAUUUUCAAGUUCUUUACACAGCAGCGAUCACUAGUUAGAAGCCAUGAAUAGUAACACAGUCCUGAUCGGAGCCACAGUGUGCUCUUCGCUUGCUAUCGGCUAUAUGCUUGGUAAGCUCCACGGUUCGCGCCGAUAUGCAGACGACUACAUUCAAAGGCCUGGGAGAAAGCACAAGAAGACGGAAGGAUUGAGAACUUUUCUAGGAUAUGUCGCUAAAUACUCCUCUCCAGAGCAUCCCACAGUGACUGAAUUGAGGAGGGUAAUUUGCGAGAAGCUGGAGGAAUUCUCACCUAAGACGACGGAGGCCGACCAAACAAGCUUUAUAACUCAGUUGGCUAAAGCGAUUGGAGCAAAAAAGGUUCUUGAAGUGGGAACGUUCGCUGGCACAACUUCACUCAGUAUUGCACUUGUUUUACCCGAAGACGGUCAAAUGGUAACAAUAGACUUCAAAGAGGACUGGGUGUCCACAGGCCGCCCAAUCUGGGAAAAGGCUGGAGUUACCCACAAAAUUAGGUCUAUUAUAAAGGACGCAGCCCGGGCUCUCGAUGAAUUAAUUGCCAACGGCGAAACUGGAACUUUUGACAUGGUUUACAUCGACGCAGAUAAGUGGAACUAUCCUGUGUAUUACGAUAAAUGCAUGGAACUUGUACGCCAGGGAGGAAUUAUUUUACUUGAUGAUACGUUAUGGGAAGGUUAUGUGUGUGAUCCAAAUAUCAACAAGGAUGGCAAAACAUCAGAGGUUGAACCACUCGACUACCAGAGAGAUUCCAUAGAGCUGUAUAAGUUCCACUUUCAGUCAAUAUACAAAAGAAUUGCCGUCCACAUGCACGAGUUGAACAAGAAAAUAGUGAAAGAUGCUCGAGUAGUAGUUAAUAUCUUACCAGUUGGGUCAGGCCUUACAAUAGUCACAAAAUUAUGAGUUAUUCUGAAUUCUUAACUUGUUCAAGGUUUAAUUACCACGUAAAUGAUGAUAAAGCAUGUUUGCUUUCAAUGAAGUUAUCAAAUUCUGAGCAGUUUUAUUAUGCCAACUUUAGGAUGCUAUGAGAUUUAUUCUCACCCCUACAGUAAUUGUUAAAAUCCCUAUACCCCGUAGUGUCUCGGUUAUAAGGCGCACGGUUUUUUCAAGAAAAUUCCGUCUUCGGGUGGUAAGGUAGUGCUGAGAUUAGGGUGUGUCUUAUAGCCAAGUAUUUUUGCGCAACAAAAUCUUAAGAUAACACUUUUAGCAGGACUUACAGUUAAAAAGACGAGAAAAGGACGAACUGUUGGUCAUUGAGUGUUUUAGAUCUGGUGGUUCUGAAAAGAACCAGGGUGGCUCUGAAAAGAGCCGUUAUGGUGUUCUGAAGGAACCGUUUCUUAUGCGGCCUCCGUCAAAUGCGGACCACGAAACGAAUUUCACACGAGCAGAGCUUUUUGGUCUGAGGUGUUGCAAAGAUUGCGUAGAGUCCACUCCUUUAUUCCUGUGAAUUACAAAGUAAUACUGCUUUUAGAGCGCUAAUCAACUUCGAUAGGAAAGCAGUCGACAAACGGAAAUUCGCAUGCGUGUUAACAGCACGUGCUUGUAUUGCAAAAGAAAGCCAUUAGAAUCAUAACUUUCUCUGGCUUCUUAGAGCAUACAAGCCCACUUUUCAAAGAUUUAAAUGUUAUCAAUUUAUUUGAUGAAGUAACUGUUCACUUUGCGGUUUUUAUGUACAAAUUUAAAAACCAACUUCUUCCCACUUCACUUCAGUAAAAGAAACCCAUAAUUAUAAUACAAGGCUUACCUUUAGAAUAUUUAGGUAUUUUUAAUAUUAGAUAUCAAGGCGCUAAGGUUUGGAAUGCAAUCAGUGAUGACAUUAAGCUUCUAUCACUUAAACAAUUUAAGAAAAAGUUAAAAUCAAGUAUUCUUGCAAGUUACUAACUGACUUAAUUAUACUAUACAUUUUCUUUCUUCCGUUAGUUAAUCUGCCUAUUUAUACUGUAUUUUCUUGCUUAUUUUCGAUAGCUUGUAUUUUUAACUUGUAACUAGUUUUUGUUUGUGUGUUUCUAUGUUUGUUGUAUGUGUUACUUAGUCUUAAGUACCUGACACCUUUAGUCAUUACAGCAUUUAAAAUCCUAAGAAUAGCUGCUCAAUUCUACUAGCCUGGUGGUAAUUUUGGGCAGCCAUGCACUUUAUUUUAUUUGUUUUAUUACUUUUUUGUGAUGUAAAUUUAAUUUAAUUCA